GUGGAAUGCAAGACGGAACUAAAUGAACAAAUAUGUGUCGAUUUUCUAAUCAAAAUGAACACAUAAAUUCCUUAAAUUAUGAGUAAAAAAUCGCUUAAGAGGCAAGAUGAGCACACAAAAGAUAAUGAUUGUGAGGAAGAAGACGAGGAGGAAUUACAGGCGGCAAUUAGGGAAAUGGUCAAGAUUCCCGAUAUUGAUAUAAUACCCAGAAAGAGUAGCGAAAGUGUAAGGGAAAAAGAGUCGACUGGAAAUGUACUUAAGAAAAAUCAUGAUGAACGUGGAUCGCAAACGGGUGAUGGAAAAGAUACAACUUCAAAAACGAGGCAAAAGAAGUUAGAAAGCGAUGAUAGUUGGGCAGCACUUCUUCGGAAAAGGUUUGCUUGGACAAAGGACAAUAAAACGGAUGCAGUUAAUCAAAAUAUACCUAAUACUAAAGGGUCCUCAAAGGAUUUUACAGAAAAUAAAGGAAGUGGAAACAAACAUUCUACAGUUACCUCUAACGAAAAGCUGAUACGAUCGGAAUAUUAUGAGAAUUCUCAAACAAAAUCUGAUGCAAUCAAAUCACUUUCAAAUAAUCAGUUGAGUGAAGAAUCGCCGGAGUUUCUGAACAAAUUAAGACGAAUCGAAGAGGCAUCGAAGCCUAAAACUUGGAAGAGGCCAACGCCAGUAGUUUUGAAAUCAAAUCAAAAUUAUUCCGCCAACAAAAACAGUGAAAAUGCGUUGGAUGCGAAGCCACAAACUGCUACGAAUACUGAAGAAACGCAUGGGUGUAUAAAUAUUUUAAAGGUUCCCUUCCAAAGCAAUUUAUAUUAUGUUCCAGAAAAGCCAUCACGCCAGGAUAAGGGUUCUGGAACAUCGGACUUUCAACCAGGAGCUCCGGAAACACCAAUUGUUGAAAACUCCGCCGUGGACUCCGAUCGAAAAGCCGUUGAAAUUAUGCCAGAAAAUGUAAAAAAUUCGGAAGAGAAAAAAAUUGACAAUUCCGAUUCGACGAAAACUGUCACAAUUACAGGACAUUCGCAUAUAACCGCCAAAUGGGAUGGCCACUGUCAUUUCAAGGAGAGGGAAACUGGUGUUGACAAGGCCGCCAGGCGAGUUUUAAUAAUCGCCUGCAUUCUGUGCACCAUCUUCCUGAUACUCGAAGUCAUCGGAGGCAUUUUGUCCAAUAGCCUGGCGAUUGCCACAGAUGCCGCACAUUUGCUGACGGAUCUGGCCUCGUUUCUCAUUUCGAUUUCUGCACUUCAUUUGGCUGGCAGACCCUCAUCGGAGCGUCUGAACUACGGAUGGCAUCGGGCUGAGGUCAUUGGGGCCAUGGUAUCCAUAUUCUUCAUCUGGGUAGUCACAGGUGAACGGCAUCCUCGUGUACAUGGCCAUAAUGCGAUGGGUUAACCAAGAUUUCGAACUGGAUGCCAAGAUAAUGCUGAUCACAUCGGCACUGGCUAUACUAUUUAAUGUGAUCAUGGCCAUGCAGUUGCAACACGGCCAUUCGCACUCUCUGCCAGGAGUCCACAAAAUGUCAAAGGACGCAGGAUCGGUGCUAGGAAGUAAGAUGAUCUUAUUGUUGGGAAAAUCCGUUUCCAUGCAGUAUGCGGCAAAGGGGCAUGAGAACAUCAAUGUCCGAGCUGCUAUCAUCCACGUGGUUGGUGAUAUCAUCCAGAGUUUUGGCGUUUUCGUUGCCGCCCUGAUAAUAUUCUUUUGGCCGGAAUGGGCCUUCAUGGAUUCGGUUUGCACAUUUGUCUUUUCAGUGCUGGUUCUUGUCGUUACGUUCAAAAUCUUAAGGGACGUCCUCAUGGUUCUGAUGGAGGCCACGCCCGAUUUUAUGGAUUACGAGGAGGUGAAACAGACAUUUUUGUCCAUUUCGGGUGUGGAGCAUGUGCAUAACCUGAGGAUAUGGGCUCUGUCCAUCAAUAAGGUGGCUUUAUCCGCUCAUUUGGCCAUUUCCAAGGAUGCCGAUCCCCAGCUGAUUCUCGAGGAGGCCACCACUCUGAUUCACAAGCGCUUCAAAUUCUUCGAGACAACCAUACAAAUUGAGGAGUAUUCGCCAGGCAUGGAGAACUGCGGGCAAUGUUUGAGCCCUUCGGAUAAAAGUGGAAAACGGAAAUCCUCGGAUCCGGAAAAGGGCGAAGGAAAAGCUGGCCGCAAAAGAGGAUCUGAUGUGGGAAAAAUUAAGAAUCACUCGGGAUCUGAAUGAAUCUAAUAACUUGAUCAUGUUACAUUUACAUGCCCUUUUUAAAUGAAUUAUAAGGUGUAUUUUUUAAAUCCAU